AAGUUUUACAUGGUCCAGCAAGCAUUGAGUCCAUCAGUAGGGGCAUCGCUGCUGUGUCCAGCAAGCAGUGGGGCAGGGUGCUCAUGUGGGGGCUCUCUCUGGAAAGUCAGACCAACAUGACCAAAAGAAAGAUGAUUAAGGAUCAGGAAGCUGGUUUUUGGGAGAGUGGCAAAAGCACAUUUCAGGGGCUCUGUCCCCACCCCUAGCUCAGCCCCCCUUCUCUCCUCUGCUUCUCCUCUCCUCUCCAAACCAAAGUGCUUCUGCAGUUUCUGCAGGCAUAUCAGAAAACCACCUGUGAUUUAUCACACAAUCAGUGAUUUUGUCGGCUUUUUUAUUUUCAACAUAGAAGUGCAUUAUAUUGCUCUCUCCUCCUGAAAUAUAGGGGCAGCAAAUCCUCCUGCCUAGGACUGCCUGUCUUUUUAGCCUCAUAAAAAGCCUGAAAAAUGAAAGCAGGCGCAAGAUUGCCAGUUUGUUGCCUUUCUGUUCCCCUCCAUCCCUUACAACCAAGCAGUAAUCCUGAGCUGGUUUGCAGUGCCAAAGCAUGCACCUUCAGUUUAUUAAUGAGUGCUGCAGCUGAAAUGAGCUCCUUCUUGGGUACCAAAUGGAAACUGCCGUGGAGCAGUCCCUCAAAUCCCAAUGAGAGACAAGAUCUGAGCACCUGGCAAUCAGCUGCUGCUUUGAAUGAUGAUGUUAAAAGGGAGCAGCAAAUUCACUCUCUUCCCCUUCUCAACCAAAACAAGCAGCUCUCUGUUUUUCCAGGCUCCUUAUUCCUAUUAGAAAGCACCAAACCCAGCUCCCUGGCAAUGCUUGGAGCUAAGCCCUCAGCGAAGAGAUGUUUUUAUUUCACUUGUCAGGAUGCUGCUGGGUAAAUUAUUCGUGUGUCUAAUGGAAAGAGGGCUCCUGGCAAAUUGUAUCAUCAGAGAGCAGCUAAUGACAUAAAAUAAAAAAGAGCUGAGCUUUGCACAUGAAAUGCAAAAACACAGGACUGAAGGAUGGGUUUCCCUUAGUAAUUUUAAGGGGUUUAAUUAAAAAGUAAGCAAACAAACAAAUGAUGGCUGGGUGGAAAGCACAGUGUGUGAUGGUCUGGGGUUGGCAUUGGUACAGGAAGAGGGAGGCAUGGUGCAGAGCGUCCAUGUCCUGCACACCCCUCCAGUGCUCGCCUGCACCCACCUGCAUCUCAUGGCUCUGGUUUUGCUCCUGCAGCUCUGCCGCUCUCCCAGCCCAGUGAGGAGAUGCUAUCCUGAUGGACAGACAUUUUAUCUCCUUUUCCCAGAUGGAAGUGGUCAGGUUUACUACCCUUCAGGCAACAUAGCCAUCCUGAUUGCAUUCACUGAGGAAGCACAGUUCACCUAUGUCAUCUUGGAGGACAACAAGCACCCAGGGAUUCAGGCAGCCUUUGGGAGCCGUGGCCACGGGGUCAGCUUCCACUCCAAUGGACGCCCCAGGACCAUCCUGAGCCCUUGCACAGGAAUCUGCUUUGACCAAGCAGGGGAGAGGCAAAAACACUGGAACUGGCACGACCUCAGCCACCACGUCCACAGCCCUCCCUUCCAGCCUAUCACCAUGAAACUGAACAGCCACCUCACCCUUAAAAUUGUGACUCAGGAUAAAAUUCACCUAUGGUUUGUGAGCCACAACAACUGCAUCCACUUUAACUUGGGGGCCCGGCUCAAGUUGAAAGACCCAGAGACAAGUCACCUACUGAAAGGAUUAGAAAACGAAGAGGAGCACUUCCUUCAAUCCAAAAAGAUUCAGCUCAGGAGCCUGCUCUCCAAAAUAGAGUCAGUUUUGCAAUAGUUUUGGCAAUCUCAGCCUCAGUGAUAUCACUCCUUGUGUCUCAUCAUCAUCUGUCUGCCUGAAAGACUGAAAUGAAGGCAUCAAGAUGUGCAGCAAACAGUUAUCGUCAGCAUUUCAGAUCAACUCUUCCUUCAUCAAGGUGAUAACAGCCAGUCACUUUGCAAUGACAAUAAAGCUCCAUUUCCAAGCUCACAAUGCUUAUCUUCCUGUACAUCCAGUCCUUGUAACACCAAGCCGAUCUCAUUUGAAAACUUUGUCAACACCAAACAGGAAUAGUGUGAGGAAAGAAAAGCAGUUUUUGCUUGGGAAAUACCCAGUGUUGGUAUAGGCACAAAAGAGUGAAUGCCUGGCCAGCUGUUCUGCCAUUCACUGCACAUCCCAGAAGACACAAUCCAAAGGGCCAAACUUUUUUAGGAGGCUCCGAGCAUUCAGGCAGCAAAGGUCACGGAUCCAUGCCUGCACCAGUCAGACAGAAGAUGGAUUCCACAAGCAAGCAGCAUUUUUCCUUAGAUGGGUUCAUUCAAAUGACACUGUCAAAACCAGAGAGUAGAGGGAUGCUUCACACUGACAUUUCAGGGAACAAACCACAAGCCUCUGGAUGACAUGUUUUUGCAAUACAAAGGGCCAGAAAAAUACCACGUGGUAGAUAAGUCAGUGAGCAUCCAGGUAGCAAGAAGAACUAACAGCUAAAAUAAUACUUGUGCUUCCUGCCACCACCUCCAAGUUUACUCUUAGUACAGGCCAUCUAGUUAAAU